AUAAAACCUUGAUCUACAAAUUUUCAUUAAAUGAAUAGUAGAAACAAAAAUAAAAGAUCACUUCACUAUAAAAACAAACUGCGGAGCCCAUUCCGAAUGCUUCUACGAUCGGAUAGAAUAAGAUACUGUUCCCCUUUUCUCAAAGGUGGCAAAAUCAAUCCGGCCAAUUCUUCCAAACUUCAAGUUAGAGGGUUAAUGGGUUGGACUCAAAAUCAUCCAUCGAAUAGCUGGGCCAGAAUGGGCCAAAACAAAUAUUAACCCAACAAGUUAAAACCCAGCCCAACCCAACCCAACCCAACAAAGCCAGAUAGAUGCUGACAUGGACAAUCAUGACGUGUCGCUGCUGACACGUCACCUUCUUCCUCUUCAACCUCCCCCAAAUCUUGACCCCCAAACACUACCACUUCGCCAUGAAACCGGCAAAGAACCACCACAAUCAAACCCGGAUCCUAAAACCCAAACCCAAACCCGAACCCGAAUUCAAAAGACCCAUCACAGAGAUCAUAUGGGUUUCUCUUGUAUCUACAUGCAUCAAAUUCCUCCUAAUCCCAGCUUAUCACAGCACAGAUUUCGAGGUCCACCGUAAUUGGCUUGCUAUUACUCACUCCCUUCCACUUUCUCAAUGGUACUCCGACGAAACAAGUCCAUGGACCCUCGAUUACCCGCCAUUUUUUGCACAGUUUGAGCAUUUUCUAUCUUUCUUUGCUUCCUUUGUGGACCCCAUUAUGGUCCAUAUCCAUCAUGGUCUUGAUUAUAAGUCAAAACCCACAAUCCUUUUUCAAAGAAUUAGUGUUAUUAUAACUGAUUUUGUGUUGGUUUUUGGUAUUUAUAGAUUGACAAGGAAUUUGGGGUGUAAAGAGAGAGUUUUGAUCUGGGUAUUGGUUAUUUUUUCGCCAGGGUUGAUGAUUGUGGACCAUUUGCAUUUUCAGUAUAAUGGGUUUCUAUUGGGGAUUCUUUUGAUCUCGCUUUCGGCUUUGGAGGAAGGGAAGGAUUUGUUAGGUGGUUUUGUUUUUGCAGUUUUGUUGUGUUUUAAGCAUUUGUUUGCUGUUGCUGCUCCUGUUUAUUUUGUUUAUCUGUUGAGGCAUUAUUGUAGCGGUGGGUUCAUUAGUUGGUUUGGGAGAUUGGUUAUUAUGGGGAGUGCCGUUGUAGCUGUUUUUGCUGCUGCUUAUGGGCCUUUUCUGUAUCAUGGACAGAUUCAGCAAGUGUUCCAUCGGAUGUUUCCAUUUGGUAGGGGACUCUGUCAUGCUUACUGGGCUCCGAACUUCUGGGUAUUCUAUAUAAUUCUUGAUAAAGUGUUAGCAUUUUUGCUUGUAAGAAUGGGCUUCAAUGUUCAAGCACCAACAGCUUCAUUCACUGGUGGACUAGUUGGGGACUCCUCCCCUUUUGCUGUGUUACCUAGAGUCACCCCCUUUAUUACCUUCAGUAUCGUCUUGCUUGCAAUAGCUCCAUGUCUUGUAAAGGCUUGGAGAAAUCCCCAACCAAGGAUGAUUACAAGAUGGAUAGCCUAUGCUUACACAUGUGGCUUUAUGUUUGGCUGGCAUGUCCAUGAGAAAGCCUCACUUCACUUUGUGAUUCCCCUUGCCAUCAUUGCCUUGAAAAGUGUGGAAGAUGCAAACCACUAUUUCUAUUUGUCCAUAGUGUCCUGCUAUUCUCUUUUCCCGCUAUUAUUUGAAGUCCAAGAAUAUCCAAUCAAAUUUCUCUUACUGCUUUUACAUGCUACGCUGACGUGGAUUGGAUUCUCCUCUUAUUUUACAACAACUAAUAGAAAAACAGCUGAAACGGAACAGACAAGAUAUGACAAAACAAGGUUUAUCGUUGGAUCUUUUGGCAAAUUAUACUUGCUAGGUCUCCUGGCCGUUGAGAUAUAUGGACAAUUUGUUCAUCCUAUCCUCUUUGCUGAGAGGCUUCCUUUCUUGCCUCUUAUGAUGAUCAGCAUAUGCUGUGCAUUCGGAAUGAUGUACUCUUGGAUCUGGCAACUGAGGCAGAUUAUCAAGUUACAUUAACACAGGUAGCUUUCAAAUACUACCAGCUGCUGCUUAUACAUAAGAUAGAAUUCGAUACACGUAGCUACAACAACAACGUACCCAUAUGAUGUACGACAAACCUUACCCCUGCCUUUAUUGGUUAGGAUUUAGGAAGCCUGUUUCCAAUAGACCCUCAGCUCAAAAGAGAAGAUAUCGAAGCAGAAUAUAGCUAAAAUGCUAAAUCAAGAUCGGCUUUUUAUAGCAUCUUCCAGUAGCUUUGUUAUUCACUUGUAUCAAGUUACACUUCUUAAAAAAAAUGCAGGAGGUUGUUUUAAAAUUUUAGUUAGUUAUGAAGAUGUAUCUAAUCUACCUCAUUGUUUUUGG